GUAAAAUGGUACCGCGCUACGAAGUCCUUCAACUCAGAGCAGAUCGGUCCGGGAACCUCGUAUCCUAGAUACUCCCACGUGGACGCAGACUACGCGACGUCGGGCAACUACGCGCUGCUGAUCGACAGUCUGGUGUUGGACGAAGACAACUUCAAUUGGAAGUGCGCGAUCGUCGUUGCGGGGACUACAGACGAGAUCAUCUCGGAAGAGGCGUUUCUUACCGUCGCAGUCAUGCCUUCGUCCAUGCACUUCUAUUACAACACUGAACUUUACAAUGACGGAGGGGAAAUUCAAUCAAAUAUAUCAAUGCCGUUUGAGCUUGAGUGCAAGACGACAGAUACAAACCCAGAACCCAGCUUUAAAUGGUCGAAACGGAAUAGGGCGACAGACGAAAUCACGGAGAUCACCGAAGGCGUGUCGGAUCCGUUGGGGGAAGCUGGAUCGCAGCCCAAUCUCUAUACUUUCACGAGUCAUCUGAAAAUCGAUAGUCUCGACAGAAGCGAGGACGACCACGACUUCAUCUGCGAGAUGGACCUGGGACUGGACGAUGCUAUUGAUAUGGAGAACGAUACGGAUACCGAUGCUUCUAACGGAACGAAGUCGAUCUCUAUAAAACUGGGAGUAUACGGACUCGAGCCGUCAUUCGAGGGCGUCAUCAUGAACACAGAACUGACGUUCGAUGCCGGCGCGUCGGUGACGAUCGUCUGCCUGCAAACAGCGAGGGCCGCCAAUCCGGACCCGACUACGGAAAGGGUGGGGCUGAAGUCCGCGACCGGAAGUCCGCUCUGUCACCAAGUCGCGCGCCGAGCUGAAAAUCUCGGAUAG